AAAGGCACGGCAGCUCUCUGGUUGAUCAGUCUGCUCUGUUGGAGAGAAAGUAUUGCGAGUCCAAGCUGAAGGGGAGAGAAGUUUGAGGUCUUGUGCAAAGAAUUGUUUUGCUCCUGCAGAGAACAGUAAAUCAAUAUUCGGGGGACAGAAAAUAACGCAUAUAUUUUUAGUCAUUUCAAGUCUUUCUUUUUUUCUUCUUCUUCUUCAUUUUGCACGGUGCACAUUAUUUUUUUUAAUAGAUAACAACACUCUUGGAUAAAGACUCUUGGCUUUAGCUUUAACAAUCGGAUUAUCUGACUGAAGCAUUGUCUUCAAUAGACCAGUCUACUUUUUUCCCCCCCUCCUCCUCUUCGCAGGUUUUUUAUGCUAUAACUGCAAAGAAACACCAACCAUGAUUGUGAAUUUUUGCCUCCUGGUGACAUGUAUGUUGGGGCUGCUGUCCGGGUGCUUGGGCUCAUACGUGCCGUGCGAGCCUUGUGACCAGAAGGCUCUGUCCAUGUGCCCUCCGGUCCCGGUGGGCUGCCAGCUCGUGAAGGAGCCCGGCUGCGGCUGCUGCCUAACGUGCGCGCUGUCCGAGGGGCAGGCGUGCGGCGUGUACACCGGGACUUGCACGCAGGGACUGCGCUGCCUGCCGCGGAGCGGGGAGGAGAAGCCGCUGCACGCGCUGCUCCACGGCAGAGGAGUGUGCACCAACGAGAAAGGAUACAAACCCGCUCACACGCCUAUAGAUCGUGAGUCGCGGGAGCACGAGGACACCAUGACCACAGAGAUCACGGAGGAUUUCCCGCCGGCUAAAGUGCCGCUGCUUCCCAAAGACAUUGUGAACAGUAAAAAAGUCCAUGCGCUGCGCAAGGAGCAGAAGAGGAAGCUGGGCAAGCAGCGCUCCAUGGGCUCCCCCAUGGACUACUCCCCUCUGCCCAUCGACAAGCAUGAGCCGGAAUUUGGUCCAUGCAGGAGAAAACUGGAUGGGAUCCUUCAAGGGAUGAAGGACACUUCCCGUGUCAUGGCUCUGUCUUUGUACUUGCCCAACUGUGACAGGAAAGGAUUCUUCAAGCGCAAGCAGUGCAAGCCGUCCCGCGGCCGCAAACGAGGCAUCUGCUGGUGUGUGGACAAGUACGGCGUCCAGCUGCCCGGCACGGACUACAGCGGCGGGGACAUUCAGUGUAAAGACCUGGAGAGCAGCAGCAACAACAACGAGUGAAGUGGGGAGGACCACCCUUGACCCCUAUCCCCCCAACCCCUAACCACCGAGUGACCCAGGGUCCAUGCCUCCUCACUGAAUCACACCUGUAUGCUUCGCCCCUCUGUUCACGUCGAGAUUUCUGUUUUUGUUUUUUUUCAAAUUGGGAAAAAAAAAAAAAGGAAGAGGAAAAAAAAAAAAGAAUCCAAACGAAAGAACAGGCUGAAAAAAGACACCUGUAAUCAUUUUUUUUCUCCUUUUUUAAUCUUUUUUUUCUUUUGUCGACCGAGCACUCAUCUUCAAAUGAGGGGGAAAUGUCCCGGGAAGAUUUAAAAAAUAUAUAUAUAUAUAUAUAUAAAUAAUCCCUUGACUCUUGCUCACAGGACCCCUUGAGCCGGGUUCCCUGAUCGCAAAUCCAUGAAAAUAUAUGCACACAAUGGAUAUAUUUUUAUAGAAGCUGGGGGUUUGAGUACACAAACACUUUGUAUGAUGUAACAUUAACACAAAAUCAUUAUGGAGAGAGAGAGAGAGAGAAAGAAAAGCAUCAGGCACAUUGAUUGAAAACAGAUUUAGGCUGUGGAAUAUAAUGCUUCUGUGGACUCGAGAAUUGGCUGUUGAGUAACUUUGUCCUUUUUUUGUCUAUUUUUCCGAAAAAGAAACGAAACAAGCGAUAGGGACAUGACGCAACAGUUGACUCUAUCUGGGUAUGUGGUUCUGUCAGAGCACUUAUAAAUAGGGGAACCUGCUUAGGUAUGUCAUUUAGAUAACUUCACAAAAUGAUGCAUGCUUGAAUGUGCGUACAUGUGUGUGUGUGUGUGUGUGUGUGUGUGAGUGUGUGUGAGUCGUUGCGGACGACGGGAGUGAGCCUGUUUUCCAGAAAAAAAAAAAAGAAUGUCCUCAUUUCUGUCUCUCAUUUUUUUGUUCGAUUUUUUUUGUUUUGUCACAACCGUCAUCGCUAGCGCUUGAAGUGGUCUCGGGGGCUGGCCUUCUCCUUUAAAGUAACUGUGUGAGCGUAUAAGCCGAGCGUCACGGACGAACCUAUGUGUAAGUGGCUCUUUGACGAUGUAGCUAGCCUGAUAUGCCAACUGUGCCUAUUUUGAACAGACAAUGCCACGCAGGGCGACGCAGAGCCGAGAGAGCGCCGGCUUCGCUGGUGAAAUCAAAAACAAAGAAAAGUAAAGAUUUUCCGCUGAAGCGAAAAGGGACUCAAGUUUGACUUUUGGAUCGCUUUGAGUUCGGCGCGCAAAUCGCACUCGCCAGUCCGGUCCGGCCCCUUCUCUGGUCCAGACGUGUGUAGUGUAGCUUUGUAUGCUUUUUUUGUUUGUGAUGUUUUCUUUGCUUCCAGUGAAGUAAACACCGCUCCACUUUUUGAGCCAUGUUCCUUUAUCAAGUGGUCCCCCAGCCCCGCCCCGCCCCAACCCCCAUUACUGCUACUACAGUGUAACCAUGGUGUAUUACGUUAUGUUUAAAUAUAGUUAUUGAAUGUUGUUUUUAUUUUUAUUUUUUUUUCCUGUAGAAACAAAAGUAUGAUGUAAUUGUGCUUGAAAAAAAAAAGAAAAAAGAAAAGAAAAGAAAAGAUUUUUAAAGAAUUUGAAUAGUUUCCUUGUAGCCUGUCAGGGAGAGUGACCCAGAGUCAUUUGACAACAGGACAGUCAGAGAGAAGCUAACCCCUCUGGAAUCCUUCAGCUUACAUGCCUCCAGGGACAAAAAGAAAGAGAAGUUUCCCCACCUGCAUCUACAGGGAGCGUGGGGAACAAAACAAACAUGUAACAGGUUACAAACAGGGUCAUUUAAGUAGAGUUCUCUCUCUGUGUGCAAAUCACAGUGCCUUCCUACAAGCGAAUACAUUAAAUAGUGACGUGAAAGUGACAUGGAUAUCAUUGUGGGGGCGACUGAUACUUGAUACAACGAUAAAGAGGUCUGGGCUUUUAGUUCUGAUUAAGAGAAGACGUGAAUGUGGUCGGACAAGAACGACGUGUGAGAAACCGCAGUCAGUCAGUCAGUCAGACCUCCCUCUUUCUAUGACAACCAAUAAGCUAGGGUUCUUGCUUUUUUUCAUGUGAAUGCCAAUGUAUAUGAUUGCCAGAGAGGGGAAGCCAAAAAGGGUGUUGGAGGCAAAUUAACUACCCCCCUUUAUUGAAACAAAGGGGGGGGAAAAAGGUGCAUCCUCAGCGGCUUCCGGUUGUGAAUAUAUUCAAGGUUCCUCGCCUCCUCUUUCAACACCAAAUCCCCCACUACCACUUUCGAGAGAGAAAAAGAAAAAAAAAAAAAGCAGCUUGCACUUAUUUCAGUUAUUCACUAUUGAUAUUGACAUUCAACGACGUCCUAAGAUGUGGUAUGAUGAAGUUAGUGGAACACAAUAAAAAGAAAAAGGAAACAAAAAAACCUGACACAAAAGCUACUUGUUGUGUUAUCUUGUGCUUGCCUUGUAAAGGCGACGCUCUGAGGUAAUAUUUAUCGACAGGGGCUGUGCAGCCCAUGCCUGGGACCUCCGAUACGCAAACAUCUUUUUUUUUUUUUUGUUAGGGAAACCUAGAUGGAAAAGUUCAUGGUGAAUCAUCGCGGAGGAGAGAGGGACGGAGGAGGAGGGGCGAACGCCAUGGGCAGUGGUCAUAAUCAGGGCGUAGCCACUUUCCACCCCCCCCCCCAAUACGGGGGUCACCAACUGCAUGAUGUUAGAUACAGUUAGCUUAGACAGUUUCUGGUCAGAGAGUCACGGAAAUCUGGGGAAUGCAGUACUGCAACCAGGAGGAGAGGAUCCAGGGGACGCUCCAAUCGUAUGUGGUGUCAUUUAAUGUGUGGGUCAGUCACAGGUGUCGAUACUUCAAUGGGGAUUUGUUGUCUUUACGUGUGGUUUUGCAGGUUGAAGUUAAAAGUAAAAAAACUAUCCUUUAUCGUGUCAGGAGCAGCUCCUUUGUUUCCCAGCACCUGCUUGCGAGUAGUGACUUCCUCAGUUUUCUCAACUCCUACUUGGUUUGAAUUCAUAUUCACAUUAUACACAAAACAUUUUUUUUUUUUUUUUUACUUCAGUAGCACAGUAAUGACAGAAAAGUACAGCUUUUUCAGAAUACAUAACAUUUUUUUUUUUUUUUUUGGAUGUAAUGAGACGA